CUGAGUCGUCAGGCGCGCGGUUACCAGGUGUGAGGAGGCAGUCUGCGGCCAGAAGUGACUGAGAGAGGCUCAUUUUUCCUCUCCGCCCGUAAACAAAGCUGCGGUUCUCCGGUUCUGGUGAGAACAAGACAUGCAUCUGAGCCACGAGAUUAUGAGGGUUCACUAAGCGCAUGCAGGUGAUGUCGGGCUGGUGUGGGAGAGUGUGUGGCAGAAUGGGGACAGGCGUCGGGCCGGUCCUGCUCCUGCUGCUCUCCGCGGCUCUCCGGUGCCACGGUACAUCUCCACCAGGGAAACCGGCUCUGAUUGGCUGCAGGUCCCCUGAGAAGGAGACAUUUACCUGCUGGUGGAAACCAGGCUCCGAUGGAGGCCUGCCAACCGUACACCGCCUCUUCUACGAGAAAGACCAAUCAAACAGAAUCCUCGAGUGUCCUGACUACUCCUCGGCAGGAAGUCACUCCUGUUUCUUUAACAAGAGCUACACGACCCUGUGGGAGGAAUACUAUCUGACAGUGGUGGCCUCCAACGGGCUCGGCAAUACAUCCUCAGACCUGCUGAAGAUCGACGUGAUGAAAAUCUUGAAGCCCGACCCUCCUGAAAACGUCACGCUGUGGGUGAGGGACAGAGACCACAGCCCCUACCUCCACAUCAGGUGGCAACGCCCUCACAACACAGACAACAAGUCCGGCUGGGUCACCAUCAAGUACGAGCUGAGGGUCAAACAUGAGAGCGGCGCGGACUGGAAGCAUCACAGCUCAGGCACAGAGUCCUUUUUGAACCUGUACAACAUCGAACCCGGGGCCGUGCACAUGGUCCAAGUGCGCUGUGCGAUCGAUCACAGCUCCUGGAGCGAGUGGAGCAACACCACUUCUGUGACCAUCCCAGACAAUUUAAAGCCUGAGAAACCCCUUUGGACACUAGUCUCCACCUUGUCCUUAAUUCCGCUGAUGGCGACUCUCUGUGUCUUGGUCAUGAAAAGGAAAAUUGUGAAGCAAUGGCUUCUGCCCCCUGUUCCUGGACCCAAGAUAAGAGGAGUUGAUGUACAACUUCUUAAGACUGGGCGAUCUGAGGACGUCGUCAAUGCUAUAAUUGGCCUCCAUAACUUUCCUCCCACAUCGGCAUGGACCAACCAAGUGGAGGAGUAUCUCAUUGUGUCUGACAGCAGCAAUUUGCUGUCACCCCAUCCCUACACAUCUCAAAAGAAGAGGAUUAUUCCCGCUGGUUUACGGUUAGAUGCUGAUAUCCAAUGCAAGGAGUCCACUCCGAGCCAAAGCGACUGGACGGACAAAGUGGAUCACUUGGACUCCUUGCUGGACAUGAACCCUCUCGGGACGAGUCCGGAAAAACAGCAGGGUCCGAUCGCAAAGCUCCCCAGUAUCGACAGAGCAGCGUCUGACCACACCCUGCGACCCAUCGCCAGUACUGGCUAUGUGGAGCAUCAACAGGGUCCGGAGCAGCCGCCGGCGGGGACCCAGGAGGACUACAGCAGAGUGUCGGAGGUGAACGGUGAGGGUAUCCUCAUCCAGGGGAUCGGUGAGGUCACCAGUUCGGAGGAGGGCCUGCCAGAGGACUACAGCAGGGUCAAGGAGCUGAGCGGUGGCAACACGGUUCUCCUGCAGAUGAACGAUGGACGGGGGGACUCCCUGUCCCAGGAAAAGGAAAACCACAGCACAGAGUGGAGUUCUCAGAAACCAAAGAAGCACCAGGUGACUGAAUGCAGCAAAGCAAUGUGCACAGAGCUGGUCAGUAACGGAUAUGUAGAUUCUGUUCCUAUGUUUUCUUUUCGGUGAAUCGGUAAGUCGGAGGCGGCGUGGUGGUCUCACAGUAAGCAGGUUCCCAGCUGGAGUCCCCGGGACCUCUCUAAGCUCUACGGAAGACGGAUGGACGGAGUUGUGAAGUUAUGACAUCAUACAUCCCCCAUUAGUAAUUGCUGACUCAUAGGAAAUAAGUGGCAAUAGUUUUUUUUCCUUUUACCUUAAUUAUGGGAUGGACUGUAAUCCCAUUUGAAACGGACAUUUAAGGUUUCCAGAGGUUGCAGUUGGAUUUCCUGCUCAUCUAUUGUCACCCCCCUCCCUCAAAGGUUUCACUUAUAUGGUGAAAUUGGAGCAUGUUAACAUCUAGCUGAUGGUUUCGCAUAGACUUUUGCCCAGACACUCGUGAUUCCCAGGUUUUUUGUUGGCCACAGAUAUGCAAGACGUGUGAGGGGGUAAUAGCCGACGGCUUUGGUGGGAGACCGGCCUCAUCUUCAGGAACAACAUGAGGUCAAAAGCAGCAGGACUGCCGACACGCCUCUCCCCACUGCUCUGCCUUUGGUGUGGAACUAACCGAGUGCUCCUUGGCCCAGUGCUGAUGAUAAACUUCAUGUCUAAUAAAGCAACUACACAUCAGAUUUUUUUUAAAAGGAAAAAAAGAGGCUUGUACAGCCUCUGGAGACUGUGAAAUUCCCCUAAAUCUUGUUGGAUGGCAACUCUUCUGGGUGACAUUUCUUACAAGUGUUUCAGUGAUUUGGCUAGCUGACCUUUAAAAUAAUUUACACCUCCAGUUUUUUCCUUUAAACAGUUGCUGGCAAUAACAGGAAAGUGUAAUGUCUUUGCAGCGUGUCGUUUCCACCGUAGGCUGCGGUGCAUUCAGGUCCGUCUGGUUUAUCAGAGAUGUGAACGCAGGACAUUACAAGCUACGGAGCAGUAGAAACUUGAUCAGUGUGGUGACGUACAAAUCUUUACCUCCAAGUUAUUUAUUCCACCGACAUCACUAAUUAAAAACUUGCUCA